ACCAAUCAUAAGUAGGUAGCUAGAAACUGUUCGGAUUUAAGCAACAAAUUUACUGCUAAGUGAAAUCAAAUACUGCUCCACCUAGAAAACCACAAACUCGACUUCAACUGCGUAACUACAGUGUGCAGCAAUGUCCAGAUCGGCAAAAGGCUUUGGUCGCUUAAUCAAUCCGGGCGUGGUACUCCAUCCGGAACUGAAUCAAAAGAUGGCCGACUUUGAGGCCAUGGCCAUCGAGCGAUCUGAUUUGGAUCACGAAUUGAGCCGAUUGCGCAAGCAGCAGGAGGACACCGAGGAUAAUUUGGCAGAGGCGCUGGCCGAGGACGAGUUCCAGUGCAAUGUGAGGGGUCAGCCGUUCGUUGCUCCCAACGAGGACGAACUGCAGGAAAUCCUUAGGAAUCAUCUCGGUGGCAUUAUCAACAAGCUGGCUGCCACGUACGAGCGCCUUAUUUACCUGGAUGCGGACAUCAGGAAGCUGAAGGGAGUCAUUGAAAAGGCCAUCACGGUGGCUAAUGAGGAAUCGGCAGCAGCCGCCUCAAUGUGAAGAUAUGUAUUUACCCCUUACAUUCGUUGUACUUCUACAUAUGUGUAUCUUGAAAAUUUCAGUUCGAUUUAAAUGAUACGAAAAUGCAAGAGCUAUGUAAAUAUGUACUUAUAUUCUCCAGCUAUGCCAUAUGCACCCAAUAAUCAGUAAAAUAUGUGUUACUUUUGGAUAAUGCAGUAACCGUUCGUUGCCACGCAAAAUCCAUUCACACAUUCCGCUGGAGAUCUUAAAUCAUUUGGGCGAAAUUAAAGCCGCAACAAUCUCAUUUCCGGUAAUUCUUUAUGCACUCGCGCACAGACGACAAUCCAAUGCGAGCCAGAAGACACUGCAAAUUUAAUUGCGUAUACGCACUGUUGCCACUGCCGUCGCGGAAACAGCUUCCUCUGCGGCAGCAGCUACACUCUGCUGACUCUAUCGUUAAGUGCAUAAAUUCAAUAAUGCCGAGCGUCUGGCGGUGUCAACGCGCUGCGGAGAUCGAUAAAGCUGAAGCUGGAAAAUUUAUGGAAUUUCCUGGGAAUUUAUUUAAGUAAACUGCAGCUGGAAAAACUCAAAAUAAAAAUGAAUUUGUUACAUUGGCUUUACGUACAACCCCCAAAAUGUUUAGAAACUAAAGAAAAUAUUUUUACUUGGAUAAAGUUAAACUAAGCCAAGACAAUUUGUUACCAAACUGUAACUUUAAUUGCCAAAGAGAACACAAAAUGGGCUGCAAUUGCAUAUUUGUUGUUACUUUGCUUUGGUUAAACAUUAAUAGAAGGAAGUAUAGGAGGUAUAUUUGUAGAAAAGCGGACUUCUGGGCCCUGUCUGUACUCUAAUUAAUUAAAUUGAAGCGUUCGACGACAAGGUAACAAUUUCAAUUUUAUUCCCGUGCCAGCCAGACUGGUCAAACAAGCCGAAUGCAAAUUUCCCAACCAGACAUGGGUCUUAACAAGAGCAUUUGCAUGAAGUCAAUCAUCUCGACCAUUCUGGCCAGUGAACCGAGAAUAAGACACUUUGGGUCUGUACCGCUGUGACUCUGAUUGCCUUUCAUCCCAGUCAA